AUGACUCUAACGACACCGGUGAGGAGUGUAGUAAGAGUGGUCAAAGGAGGAAAGGUAAAGCAAAUGAAGAGGAAAGAUGGCGCACUUGGGGAAUGGAGGGUUCUGUCAGAAAAUAAUGCUAGAAACUGCAAGGUGCAGAAUUGGAGGACACUUCAACUUCACCUUGCUUGGGAAGCAGGUAUACUUAGUCAGAAGGGUAAAUGUGAAGGGGUUGAUGGCUCCAAGACUAUCACAUCAUGUACUGCCUCUUCUUCUGCUGAGCCAUGCACUAUUGACGAUACAAGGGUGGCACGUAGAUUCUUAAAAUUUUCUGAGGAGGAUUGGAAUGCUAUCAACAUGAAUAUGGUAAUAGAGAUGGAUGGGGAUACGAAUAUUUAG